CGAGUUUCUCAUGUGCUGAGGCUCCCUGGAAAGUCUAAAAGUGUCAGGAGUAUGUCCAAUGUCAAUAAUUUUAUUUGUAUUCCCUAUCUGUGAAAAAGAAAAAAAGAACCCAGUAAAACUUGCAGUUUGCAUGUUGAUGUCCUUGUGAAGCGGAGUUCGUCAUCUAUGUCCUCUGCAGCAAAGCACUGUUUCUAGCUCUACUCAUUUGAUUGCAUUUGAUAUGCGACUGGCAAACAAUUGAAAGAGGGCACAGAGAACCUAAUGUUUGUUCCAGCACUUGCAAUAAAUGAUUUCUCCUCUAAGGAACACUAGUAAAACAUUUCCAUUGGUACACUCUUUAUAAUAUAGCUGAAGACUCAACUAGGCCUUUUUCCAUUUGAUGAAGCUAGAUUCUGUAUCUCUGCAUUUGGAGGUCUAUCUGACGCCAGAAGGCACUCAUAUUUGCUUUUGCUUCUGUGAAUUUUGUGAUAAUGUAGUUCACGUUCAUUCUGUACUUUACGUUCAGAUUGAAACCAGUGGUAAUCCAGCAAUCCUCUUCAAAACACACCCAAACAUGAACAAGGAGUUGUUUUCUAAUGAAAAUAUCCUAGGCCUUAAAGAUCCAAAUAGGCCAUUCCCCACGGGUCAAGGUGGUGACGGCGUUAGUCUUUUGAGGUGGAGAAUGCAAACUGCAGAUGAGUCAAUUUUGCCAUUGACAAUUAACUGCUGGCCUUCAGUUUCUGGAAGCGAAACCUAUGUGAAUAUCGAGUAUGAAACCCCUGCACAGAUUGAUCUACAAAAUGUUGUAAUUUCUGUACCCCUUCCAGCUCUUAGGGAGGCUCCAAAUGUACAACAAAUAGACGGAGAGUGGAGGUAUGACCCCAGAAAUUCUGUUUUGGAGUGGUCUGUACUUCUCAUUGACAAUUCAAACCGCAGUGGAGCACUAGAAUUUGUUGUUCCGGCAGCCGAUCCCUCGGUCUUCUUCCCAAUUUCUGCACGCUUCACUGCCUCAAGAACUUUCAGUGACCUGAAGGUUGUCAACAUUUUGCCUAUAAAAGGUGGGCCUACUCCUAAGCAUUCUCAAAGAACACAGCUGGCCACGGAGACUUACCAGGUCGUGUGACCAUAAUGCCAGGCAGCAUCAGAUGUGCCCCUCUAGCAACAUUAUAGGACUGAAUAUUUCAUUUUUUAAAUAUUUUUUUGUUUAGACUUAUAUGCUUUUUCCUUCCCCCUUCCAAUAUUUUUUUUUUUUGCAAUAUUAUGUCCGACGAUGGGAGUGACUUCUUAAGACUGAUCUUUGAAAAUCUUGUGCAUUUAUAGCUCAAGGCUGGCUAUCAACAAUGGCUUAAUUGAAUUUAAUACUACUUACCUUAAUUUGACGUGUA